AUGGCGCGCAAGAAGAUCCGGGAGUACGACUCCAAGCGCCUCCUCAGGGAGCACCUCAAGCGCCUCGCCGGCAUCGACCUCACCAUCCUCUCCGCACAGAUCACACAGUCAACAGACUUUGCAGAGCUUCUGAGCCAGCAGCCAUGGCUGACAACCAUGAAGUUGGUUGUGAAGCCCGAUAUGCUGUUCGGGAAGCGUGGGAAGAGUGGUCUCGUGGCUCUCAACUUGGAUUUCGAUCAAGUCAAGGAGUUUGUCAAGGAGCGGCUGGGAGUUGAGGUUGAGAUGGGUGGCUGCAAGGCUCCAAUCACGACCUUCAUCGUUGAGCCGUUUGUGCCCCAUGAUCAAGAGUACUACCUUUCGAUUGUUUCAGAGAGGUUGGGCAGCACCAUCAGCUUCUCAGAGUGUGGAGGGAUUGAGAUCGAGGAGAACUGGGACAAGGUUAAGACGAUUUUUCUUCCUACUGAGAAGCCAAUGACACCUGAUUCAUGUGCUCCAUUGAUUGCGACCCUUCCUUUGGAGGCACGAGGAAAAAUUGGUGACUUCAUUAAAGGAGUGUUUGGUGUCUUCCAAGACUUGGAUUUCUCGUUUCUUGAGAUGAAUCCGUUCACCAUGGUGAACGGGGAACCAUACCCUCUGGACAUGAGAGGAGAACUAGAUGACACAGCAGCUUUCAAGAACUUCAAGAAGUGGGGAGGUAUAGAAUUCCCUCUACCUUUUGGAAGAGUACUCAGCCCUACAGAAAGUUUCAUCCAUGAGCUAGAUGAGAAGACAAGUGCCUCUCUGAAGUUCACAGUUUUGAACCCGAAAGGUCGGAUCUGGACAAUGGUUGCUGGUGGUGGUGCUAGUGUCAUAUAUGCUGAUACAGUUGGAGACUUGGGAUAUGCGUCAGAGCUUGGAAACUAUGCAGAGUAUAGUGGUGCUCCUAAUGAGGAGGAGGUUCUGAAUUAUGCCAGAGUUGUACUUGAUUGUGCAACUGCUGAUCCUGAUGGCCGCAAGAGAGCCCUUCUCAUUGGAGGUGGCAUAGCUAACUUCACCGAUGUUGCUGCCACAUUCAAUGGCAUCAUCCGGGCCCUAAGAGAGAAGGAAUCCAAGUUGAAGGCUUCAAGGAUGCACAUUUAUGUUCGCCGAGGUGGCCCAAAUUACCAAUCUGGACUGGCCAAAAUGCGCAAGCUUGGUGCAGAACUCGGUGUUCCAAUUGAGGUGUAUGGACCAGAAGCGACAAUGACUGGAAUCUGCAAACAAGCAAUUGAAUGCACCAUGGCUGCAGCGUAA